AUGCAUGUGCCCUUUUUUUUUUCCCAAAUCCUUGAAUUUGCAAUUGAAAUAUCCAAAUUACCACAGAAUGUAAAUGAGUUUCACAGGGGCACCCAACGAGGAUAUAGUUCAAAACCACUUAACAUAGCAUUGUUGAACGUAUUUUAGUAUUCAAACGGUAGAUAUAGGCAUAUUUUUAUCCCCUAAAAACUUUUCAUCUGUUCGGAUUUCCUAGCUGAAAGUCUAGUGAUCCGAAAAUUAUAGGGAUAAAAACUUACCUUCUCGAAAAUUUCAGCCAAGAAAAGGCUCCCGAAAAUUCUAGGUGGCCUUUUUUAGGCUCAAAAUCCGUUGAAAAUGGGUAAUUAUACCAUUUUGUAGGUGUUCGAAAAUCCUAGGAGAGGCAGGCAAGCAAGAAAUUUUACAACAAAUGCUCCGAAAAUUCUAGAUCUCAAAUCGUCUUCCGAACAGAUAUUUUCCCGAAAAUUGCCGUUGGGUGCCCCUGAGUUUCAGAAAGUGAGUACACACUCUCCUUUUUUCGGGCUUAUUACUAGCCUGAAAACUGAGGCAAGUCUUUCACGCUUAGCGAAGGAGGUGUUCAGGUGGUUUGAUAUGGGAAAGGGAAAUCCUAAGGAAUUUUCGUACCGCUUUACAGGGGGAGAAUCACGUAGAUUUCUGCACAAUUUUAUGUUCCUGAUUAAAGCAAUGAAGGGUGAAAGAGACUUACAACCUGUUGAGUUUAAACUGCAUGUCUUUGCCUUCACAUGCCUUUCACUACGGGAUGCUGUCUCACUUUUUUGUAGACAGCAAAUUGAGAGAAAACAGCUUGAUGAUCUUGAGAAAGCAUUCCAGAAUUUCUUUAUUUCCUGCGCAUUGUUUCUCCAAGUCAACCCCUAAGGUCCCUAAGUAUGGACCCUUACUGGGCAUGUUGUCCCUGUUCACACCAGGGAGAUGUUUGAAAUGUAUGGGAAGGGGUUGGCCCUUAACUCCAUGGAGGGUAGGGAAGCUAAACAUCAAGCAAUUUCCGGUAUGCCCAGAACACAAACUUCUUGAAUCGCUGGAAGCAAGUUUUCCGUCAUGA